AGCUGUGUCAUGCACUGCAGCGUUAGCGAAAACUGUUUAGAAAUCCGUUUUAUUUUGUUCAAGUGUCUAUAGCUGUGAAUCAAAUGAAAUAAUAUUUUUUAACACGGAGACGUAAUGAAAAGAAGAGAAAAGCGGACUGAUCUACGGUUUCAUCGGACGCGAUUUUAAAAACCAUGGUGGACAUCGCUAGUGGAGCAGCUUGGGUUUGUCGUGCGCAGGACCAUCACUUGGCCGAUGUCCUGCUUCCUGUUCACAUCAACAGCACAGACAGUGAAGAGGAGGAGCUCAGUCACUCAGAGGUGGCCGGGACAAAUGUUGGCAGCCCAGUUCUGCUGGAGCAGACAGAGGACGGAUCUCCCUGUGUCCUGACCGUCCAAUGCAGCCCUAACUCUGGCACCAGCAUCAGCCGUCUGCUGGUCAUCAGUGAAGCUCGGACCGUAGAGGUGUACGACCACAUGGGAGAAUACUGUGGAACAGUACGAGGAGAGAGGGAUGACCGCAUUCAGCCUGUCAGUGAGGGUAGAGGGCCGUUCUACAGGAAACAGCUGACACUGGAGCAUCCAUCUCCAGCCUGCAAUUUGAAGCUGCUCUCUCUUGCCAGUAAAAGCAGUGUUGUGGUUUGUCGAGUUGUUGUGGGUCUUCAGUUGCAUCAGCCCUGUAAAGACCGCGGACCUGGCAUUGACAUGCAGCAGGUGCAGUGUCUGGUUGAGGAGAUGGGAACAAGCCUUUCACCAGGAGCCCAGAACCUCAUGGAGAUGGUUCAAUUCCAGCAGAAGAACCAGACCAGCUCUCUGGGUGGUUUCCUGCCACUGCUGAUGAGCAGUGGAACCAUUUCUGCCCUGGCUCAUCAACGCAACACCUCCUCAACAGCAUCUCUUGUCGAUUCCGUCAGGCCUCCAGACCAAGUUCCACCAUCUCAGAACGGAACAACAUCAGGCGACUCCAGCUCCUCCUCUCCAGACCUGCCACAGUCUGACGUCAGCAGUACGAGCACAAGGAGCGGCUCAGUGAACUACAGCCAGCUGGCGGGAAUGAUGUCACACUUCCUGAAAGGGCAGGGAUGCGACCCAGCAUUAAGCUCCAGCUCUGAGCUUCUCCCCAUCCUUCAGAGCGUGUGUGGUCAAGUGACACAGCUGAGGCUGGACGAUGCUGCUGUGGCUUUGGAAAAGGAGAAGCUGAUGGGAAAUGGCACAUGGGAGCUGGACUCAGUCAUGGAGCGCCGUCUGGAGGAGAUGGAGAGGAGGCUGAAGGAGCAUCUGGACCGUCGCCUGGAUGCCCUGGAGGAGAAGCUGGAGAAGGCCCUGCUGAGCGCCCUCCCUCUGGUUGCUCUUAACCAGGGAGCGAUGAGCUCGGCGUUGGGAGCAGCAUCCGCAGGCUCAUUGGAGACUGGGCAAACACCAGCCAUGCACUGAGCUCACAGCCACUAGGACACUAAUGUAAUGUAACCUGCAGGCCUUACUGCCCCCAGCAUCCUCCACCGAGACAGAACACGGAGCAGCCUCCAACAGAGACGCAGCAGUGGGCAAAUAUUGACCAACUUAAUAAUAAAAGUCUGAGUCGCUACGUGAACGGUUUGACAGCUGGACGUCCUGUUGCACAGCUCAUUAGAGAAUAAUAAUGUGAACUUACAGAAGUCUGAUGACUAAAACAUAAAGAUAACAGUUACUGUGUAGGAGGUCAGGCCUGUUCGGUUCAGUUUGACCCUGGUACAGAAUGAACUGUAAAAGGUGAAGCAGAUGCACAUGUAUUUUAAUAAGCGCUUUAAUGUUUUAACACGUCUGUAACAAGAAACCAGUAAAAUGACCUGCAAAGGUUUUGUACUGAGCUAAUUGUACUAAAGUAAAACUAUAUUUAUAAAGAA